ACAGGUAUGCCUUCUGGUAUCCACCAUAAUAACCUUUGGGCCAAAUAAAGCACUAUUGUGGCUGUUAAGGAAAUUUCAUAAGCUGCAACAAAACGACACCAGCUUUUAAUAGAAACUGCUUUUACGCAGUCUGAUGUGUCACAAAUAUCACUUGGUAAUAUCAGCUAGUUUUGAAGUUCAUGUUUAGAGUAAUCAUCAACUUUUAUUUAUAAAGCACUUUUUUACUGCCCAACUGCUGAUGAAUGUGCUGAAAACAGCCUAGAAUGAACCACAUCACAAAAGUUUAAAAUGUGAGACAAAAAGGGAGCAACAUUAUUUGAUUGGCUCUCAGAAGUGUUCUUUAGUCAUCAUUUUACAUAACCCGUAGAGUAUGGGCUUUAAAGAGCAAGUCACCCCUUACCAGAGUAUUACUCCACUCCCACUUUCUGUUUGAAAAAUGCAACAAAUGCUGUUGCCUAGCAGACCGAGAAGCCGGAGCCGCUAACAAAUACACACACACACACACACACAGAGACUCACAACAACAUUGUGACAUCAUAUGGUACCAGCUAAUGUUUAAGGGUACCUCUUAGCCAAUAGCGAUGGGAGCUUUAAAUUCAAAUGCAGUGCAGAGUUUUUACCUGACAACGGCACAACACUGACAGUUUUAGGCAGAAAUUUUAAAUUGUAACUAAAAUGCACUAAAGUGCAAAACUAUUGACCACAUGUGUCUGCAGCACGAUUAGACACACAUUUAUAUAGUUUAUCAGGAAAAAAAAGUUGAUUUGGGGGUGACUUGCUCUUUAAUUUUAAAGAAACACCAUUCAUUUACAUUUUCAAUUUCGGUUUAAAGUAAAUGAUUUUCAGCAAGUGUAAAGAGAGGAUCCCACAUCGGUAUGGUUAAAAAUGAUUUUAAUUAAACUGUGAGGCAGUCACAAUCUUCGGAGUCUUGUUUGUGAAUGUAAAUUAGAAACAAGCCGACCCGGAAGUUUACUUUUAUUUUAAAAGUAAUUACAGGAUACGGUAACGAGCUGCAGUGCGACAUCGGAGAUGAGGCAACGCUGCUGAGCUGAAAGGAAAUAAACCGCUGAAAUUUCAAUAACCUGACAAGUACUCCGUUUGCGUUUUUAUUGACUGGUUGCUAUUUUCUUUUGCAACCAGGUUAAUAAACUUUGCUAAAACUACUUGCGGUAAUGCUAGCUGCUGCUAGCUAAUGGUGCAUUCACUUACUUUAGGUAAAAUCAAGUUUUUUUGAAAACAUUGAUUAAGAAAACUGCGAUGGAUAACACUUUUUUACCCACCGAGUGUCCCCAUGCCCACCUCUCAAGCCAGAAGUUUGUGUAAGAAGUUACUUAUAACUUUAAUUCACUACAGCUGAGGGAUGUCGCGUAAACGCGUGACCAGUUGUUUUAAAAGGGUCACGGAGCUUUUUCGAGGGGUACCUGAAGGCAGCAGAAAGUAGCUAGCCUUUUAGCCGGUAGAAGCAGACCGCAGCAUCAGCAUCACGCCAUGGCAUGAAGAUCCAGCAUCUUUGACUGUACUAGACAACGUCUGUAGAGAUGAGUCAUUUCUCUUUGGACAACAACAACUUUCCGUGUGACAACAACGUCCUGGUUCUGGACAUGGUUCUGGGCUCUCUAUGGGGGACGGCCCAGCCCAUAAACUGGGACAACGUAGCCCAGCUGUUACCGGGCUUCACUCCAAAAGAGUGUGCCUGUCGAUUUGCGGAGCUGCAGAGUAUGAGAGCUUUUCCACGUGUGGAUUAUCAGUUUAAUGAGCUGACAGAAGCAAGGACGUCCCCAUCAGAAAGCCCGCUGCAGGACUCAGCCGUGGUCAAGAGCAGCUGUAAAGUCGUGGGCUUCAAGUCGGUUCCCAACAUCAGAGGUGGCUCUGUGGAGAAGAAAGAGAAACGACUCUCAGCAGAAGAGGACGACAAACCUCCAAAGCCACGAGACCCCAACAUCGUGAUCCACGUUUGUGACGAGACCAAGAACCUGAAGCAGGAUUUCACAUGCCCCAGAGACCUUCUAGUCAAGGAGAUGCGUUACUUUGCUGAAUAUUUGUCCUUGGACCAGCAGCGAUGGGAGGAGGUGGACAUCUCUGUUCACUGUGAUGUGCAGAUCUUCGAUUGGCUCAUGAAUUAUGUCAGAAGGAACACAGCAGGAGAGGGGAACAAGGACAAACCCCGGCUGGAGCCAAGCAAUGUGAUCUCAAUCCUUAUCUCCUCUGAGUUCCUGAAGAUGGAUAUGUUGGUGGAGGAGUGCAUCCAUUACUGUCACAAACACAUGAGCUCCAUCGUGGCGACUCCCUGCAACAUGAACUGCAUCAACAACAACCUGGCAUCGCAGAUCGCCGAACUCUUUAACCACAACGAGGCCCACGACAUCCGCGACAAAAAGGACAAGUUCAAGAGCAAACUGUUUAAAAAGAAAAUCGAGCAUCUUUUUGAUCCGAACUACAAGAACAAAGAUUCACCAGGGAAUGCCUCAACCCUGUACCGGUGUGGUCUGUGCCUUAAACUCCUGACCAGAGACACGGAGAGGAAAAUCUCUUGUGUUCCUGGGAAAAUCAGCAUCGAUGCUCAAGGAGAAGUCAUCUUUACACACACCAGACAGAAAAGCUGGGAUGUGCAUGAAUACAUCACAAGCCUCUACGAGGAGCUGAAGUCCUGGGUUCUGGUUUACUGGAGGAUCUGGGGUACCAUCAACCACCUCACCUGCUCCAGGUGCCAGCAGGUGUUUGUGUGUGCAGAGCUGACCUGCUGCAGGUACCAUCCGGACGGUGUGCUGUACCCAGGCAUGGGUGCAGAGAAAGGCUGGGGUGGUGCCGGAGUUCAUCCCUGUUGCAACCAGAGGGUUCUCCGCUUCGAUCCCACUGGGAUACCAAAGGGCUGUAGGAUGCGAGACCACAUCGUGAGCAUCCUCCCUGAGGUCAGAGGUGACGACACCUCGGAUCAAACCAAGGUCCUUAAUGACCUGCAGCUUCACAGAGACGUGGUGUGUUUGUCUAACGUGCCUGCUGUGGAGGGAGAGGAAACGGUGUUGGGUGCAGAAAAGGCUCAGAACUGGGACAUUAUGUUGGAACCGACCCUCCUCGGACCUCUGAGAGGAGACGGCAGCACCUUUUCCCUUCUGAAGAACUGGAGUCUUCAGCUGAGGCAGCAGUCGCUGGUGUCAGAGGAUGACGAGUACACCACAGGGUCAGAGGUCACAGAGGAUGAAGUUGGGGAUGAAGAAGAGCAGUCAAAGAAACAAGCUGGUAAGAAGGCCAAGAAGGCCCACAGACCUCUGAAGAAACAGCUGUCCUCUCCGAACCUGCUCCAAAAAGAAAAAUCUGAGAAGUCACAGAGCAGAGACAACACACCGUUCACAAUAAGCGUUCAGAAGAGUAAGUGGGACAGUUCCAGAUCCAUGCGCUACAACCAGGACGCUCAAAGAGAAGAAGUCAUGGCUGAAUCACCUGUUCGUCAGCUCACCAGUCUCUGCAGAAGCCUGUUAAUCACCUGCUGGUUAAAAUCAGAUCAGCGCCGUAUGGUGGAGAUCGUCGGCUACUUGACCAAGAUGAGGUUUGGAGAUCAUGAACAGAGUAAAUCCAAGGACACUAAAGAGCCUGCUGGGGGAAUUUAUGCCAGAAUAGAAUCACAGUUUAAGAACGUCUCUCAAGUCCGACAGAGUACAGAGAAAGCACCCAGAUCUAAAACCCGCUACGCUCAGAUCAGAACAACAUAAGGAUCUUGCAGAGCUGCCGAACCGUUCAGGAGGACAACGGGAAGCCUGGUGAUCAAAGGAAGCGAUGAAGAAGUCGUCGUGUUUUCACGGAGGCUUCAGGGUUUCACGCCUACCGGUGGACUCCUCGCUCAGCUUGAUGCAUGUUUGUGAGCUGCGUCUUCACACAGAACCCGACUAAUACAGAUAACAAUAUGAGAAAGUGUCAGGCGAGCAAAUAAAACUGGCUGAUUUUAACGUGAACCAGCUCACAAAACCUUUGGUUUAAUUUAAGUAAAAUGUUUCAACAGGCAGUCCUGAAGUGGGCUUCAUACUUUCACUCAUCUUUGGGAUCAUAGCUAUAAGUUAAAAACAACACCCUUACCCUGAUUCAGAAAUCAGGUCGGAUUCAUUCACAGCUGUUUUUAGAAACUUAUUUUGCUCGUGCAAAGACGAGUAACGAUAUGAAACUGGAGUUUUCAGGAAAAAUAAUGUAUUUAGAGAAAAAUCAAAUUAAAUCAUGUCAAAGUUUUUUUUAACAAGCUAAAGUUAAAAUUCAGCUUUCUCUUACUUUUGCCCACCGUUUAUUCCAAAUAAAAGUAAAAACUUUAGUUCUGGUUGGAAAAGAAACUGAAAGUCAGGAAUAGAAAGUUAAAUUUUGAUUUAAAAAAAUAGGAAUAAGGAGAAAAAUGUUCUUUGACUCUUAGACAUCUGAUUCUCUUCCUGUCCUCCAUCUUUGUGUCGGCGUUAGUCUGGAAAAGGUCCUGAAUGAUUAUGAGUUCAGCUUGUUUAUCUCAGAACCAAAGGCGGUUCUGGACCGGAUACGAUCACUCCCGUCUGUCCUCUGUGGGUGAGACCAUCACUAAUAAAACAGAAACGGUCGUUAAAACCAAAAAGCCAAGUGUUGCUUCUCUUCUUUGCCCACUAGGAGGCAGCGGAAAACUUUGAAGGGGUUAUUGGGUUCCAAGUCUCAACUUUGCCCUAGUUGAAUGACAACUUGCCAACCCCAGCUAUAAAGCUGCAGCAGGUGAUGGUACCAGUACCGUGUGUAGAGCUUCUCGUCCUCGGUUUGGAUGUUCUCGUCUGAAGAAUGAGGCUAUGAGGAAACUCGGGUGUUAAUCAGCCUCUUCCUUUUAGGAUUCCUCACAGCUUACACAGGACUCGGAUGGUUCAGUGUGUCAGGCUUUUCCUCUACUCCUUUACAGUAGACGAAGCUAAAUCUGGAGAUGUAGGUCAUGAAGGAGGUCCAGUUACAGCCCAACUAAAGUUAAGAGCGUCAACCACGAUCUGGAGGCUACUGCCGGAGUCGGUCAGCUUUGAGAUAGUUUAGGAGAAAAUGUAUAAAGAACCACAAUGGAAAGAAAUGUUAAUGCAGCUGUCAGUAACUAAUUGAGGAGAGACUUGAGGUAAAAUGUAAAUGGGAGUUUAUUUGCUAGGCUCCUCUCGGCUUUCCACUGGAUCUGGAAGCAUUGAGUUACGUCAGUGAAGCUUAAAUGUGUGGAACACCAAAAAAACUAGGGAUGAGCCGUAUAAUCGUUUCAGACGAGUAUCCGGUAUGGAUACUGCAUUUUUGACGAAUACGAGCAUGAAACGAGUUAAACUCGUUAAUAUCUUUAAUCGUGCUGAAGGAAAAUCCUCAUUGGGUAACUGACUGUCUUCACGCUCUGUGAUUGGCCAGUCACAUAGAGCACCCGCCCCUCCCUACACACAAAACUGCAGCCGGCCGGGAGCAGCGGUCCGGCUCAUCCACGCACACACACAGACAGUAACGGAUCUCGCUGUGAUUGCUUCACUGUUGCUCAUGUUUCUUCAGUAGUCCCUAGGUUUUCUUCAGCUCGCCUCUUUUUCGGUUGAAUAUUUAAAGUUACUUUUUUCGUAACUUACUUGGUGCAUUUGACAAGACAGAGCUGACGUGCUGCAUCAGUCACUACCUCUGCUCCGGUCGGGUUUUUUAUUUUUUUUUAACUCCCUCUCUAUCUCUCUCACACACACACACACACACCUCAAUCAACAUUGUUUUGUUUAACUUUGUGUGGGAAAAUGCCAAGAACGUUAAGAAAAAAAUCUGUUUAAUCAAAUUAAAAUUAAAAAAUAUAAAGUUGUCUGGUUCUAGCAUUUCAUAUUUCCUAGUUCCUACUGCAUGAGUUCAGAUGCAUUAAUCCAUGCACUUAAACAUUAAUGUAAUGAUUUAAUGAAACACUUGUUCUGCAAUAGUUCCUUUACUAUUGUGAUCAAAAAUAUUUAAUCUAUUCUGAGGCUGCUCUGUAAAUAGUUUUCAAAUAAACCACACACAUAAACUUCUGGUCAAUCCAUAUCAAUUUCAGACUUAAAAUAAUAUAUUGAUUUAAACCACACCCACUUCCGGUUAAGCCACGCCCAUUCCGAGUACAGAUUGAUAAUUUAGUUGGUUGAACAGAUACAGAUAGUGGUGUACUUGCUCAUCUCUUAAAAAAAACAUUUGUAAAAGUGAUUAUUUCUGAUUGAAAUCUUCAUGCUACCCGUUAGCAUUAGCAACUCCACCUCACAGAACGCCUCCAGGCUUUUAUCAUUUGUGGAGAGAAAACAACAUUGCAGAGCAGUCAGUGGUAGUCGUGUAGCUCACUUCUAGUCCCUGGAAAUGGUGCAGUUUUUAUUUAGUGAAAUCGCAUCUCGCGGAAUUCUUUCAUAGUCGCUGUGCAUCUGAAAUACUCCCGAUGGCGAGAGCCGCGACACCCUGUGCCGGUAAAAAGUGAAAUUAUGAACGCAGAGUUCAGACUUGGUUAAAAAACCUCAACUUUAUUCAAUUCAAAAAGUUCACAACAAAGUAACACCUUGAGAAGGAAAAUUAGGCAUCAGAUUGGGUACCUAUUUAGAUUUAUACAUUCUUGCUUAAUUAAAACUCGUUGGCAAUUUACUCGGUCUCUGGACAAACGGGUACAAAAAAAAUUUGCAAAAAUACAAAAUCAAAUGUAAACCCAUAAUUAUUUUUCUGUUUGCUCUAAUAAGGUAGUGUCUGUCUUUAAGCACUACUUGAUGGUUAAACUACCUAAAUUAGUACAGUUGAAAAUCCUGAAGGCCUUCGAAAUAAACAUAAAAGAUGCAACCAACCGAGAACCCAUAAAUACUUCUGCCCCUUCAGUAAAACGUCUCAGUAAUGGAGGCUCACAAAUGAGCAACAAUCCUCUUAGAGGAAAACAAAACGCUCAUUCGACUAAGCGACAGCACAAACAACCCACAACAAAAAGAAACAAUAGAAUCAUUUUUUUUUUAAAAGUUCCCAUGGUAUCAAGAUGCUAUACAGUUGGGAUGAUAUGCACAUAUUCAGUUUUGCUCCUCUACAGAAAACCGCUGACUGCAGUCUGAGGUGACGCUGAGCUUAUGGGCAACAGAUGCUGAAACCAGAAGCAGCAUCUUUCAGUCUUCAUUCAUUUCCCGUUAGAUUCACAUUCUCCCACAAUGCAGCGGGGCAAGCAAGCGGCACGUGGCGCUCUAGAGGACUGUGGAAUUCAUUUAUAUAUAAACACCAUGAAGAAAAGCAGGAAGUCUGAAGGAAACUGAACUAAAACAAGAUGGUGGACUUGUUCAAACUGUCACAACUUUAUCAUGCAGGUCUGUGACGGACAGAGACAGACAGACGAUACUGUAGAUUAACAGCUGUGGAAAAUUAAUGCACAAAAAGUCUCCAUACAAAACGUAGAUUAUGUAAAAAGGGCCACAGAGUGACAGUCAUCAUUUACAGAGUGAAGACGGGACACCCCCGCUCUGCAGGGGGCGAGCACCUUCCCACCCUAGCAAGUGCCUCUCCUGGGUUCUGUUGGGAUGAAGGUUCUAGAUCCUGCAGCUCAGUCACACAUCUCCUCUGGGAUCUCAUGCGGGUUGAGGAUUCCCGGCACGGACAUCUGGAUUUUGUGUUUCUCUUCCUGAGCCUGACGGAGCGCCGCCUCUCUCUCCUCCAGGAACAGGUCAGAGGUGUCCUCACCUGCAAAC